AUGAGAGCAGCAAGAUAUUACGGCAUCGAGGAUAUUCGAGUUGAGGAGAUCCCAGAGCCAGUGUGUAAAGAGGGGCAAUUGAAGAUCAAACCUGCCUUUGUAGGAAUUUGUGGAACAGAUCUCCACGAGUAUCUCGGCGGACCGACAUUCGCACCCGUCAAGCCUCAUCCCGUCACCAAAGAGACUCUUCCCGUAACAUUCGGACACGAGUUCUCCGGCACCGUCCUCGAAGUCGGGAAAGGUGUCUCUGGAUUCAAGCCCGGACAGCACGUCUCGAUACAACCUACCAUCUACGACGGUACCUGCGGAGCCUGCAAGCACAACUUCGAGAACGUCUGCUACAACGGCGGCUUCGUCGGGCUCUCAGGCUGGGGCGGCGGCCUAAGUGACGCCGUAACAGUCCCAUCCUCCUACUGCCUCCCCUUACCAGACAACAUCCCCCUCGACGUCGCAGCCCUAGUUGAGCCUCUCGCCGUAGGCUGGCACGCCGUCUCGCAAUCGCCCCUCAAGCCAAACGACAACAUCCUCAUCCUCGGCGGAGGCCCCAUAGGAAUAGCCGUCAUCCAAGCCCUUUGCGCGCGGGGCUGCGGCCAGAUCAUCGUCAGCGAGCUGUCUGCCUCCCGACAGAAAUUCGCCAAGCAGUUCGGCGCGGACACGAUCCUCGACCCGCGGACCGUCGAUGUCGUGAAGAGCGUGCAGGACCUCACCGGCGGCGAGGGCGUCGAUAUCGUGUUUGAUUGCGCAGGUGUGGCGGUUGGGUUGGAGGCUGCCUGCAAGGCGAUCAGGGUUAAGGGGACGGUGGUUAAUGUUGCUAUUUGGGAAAAAGCCGUCCCAUUCCAGCCCAACGACCUGGUGUUCCGGGAAGGGAAAUACGUCGCAUGUCUAGGCUACAUCCAGCAGGACUUUAAAGAUGUCAUUCAAGCUAUCUCUGCAGGAAAAAUGACCCCGGGAGAAAUGAUCACGAGUAAAAUUGCGCUGGAGAACGUGGUUGAGGAUGGGAUCAAGGAGUUGAUUCGGAAUAAGGAGAAUCAUGUUAAAGUGUUGGUGCAGAUAUGA